GCUUAGACGCUUCGAGAAAUUGGGGUCGCACUCCUUUCAAGUUUCCAUCGCGUAUGACUUCUUUGGGGUCUGAAGAAAAAAGGAAAAAUAAAUAUAUGGACAGAGUAGACAAAGAAGAAAGAACCGAACACACACAUACACAGAGAGACACGCACGACAGAGAGAGUGAGAAACAAGAACAGCUUUUGAAAUCGGUUUUGAUGAUCUUGUCCUCCUACAAUGUCUUCUUUGUAGCGGACAAGGGUUUUUCUUACUGGGGGUAUGAUUGGCGUGUUUCUGCUGAUGGAUUUUGCUAGGGUUUGGUCGGAUCGUCAGUGGGGACGGCUCUAAUUUUGUGGGGUUCGACUGUUAGGGUUACGAUCAGUGUACAGGUUGGCGGAAUAAGGAGGGGAGUAUUGGAUUAUUGAGGUGGUGUUGUUCAGUGUGAAGUCGAGAUCGAGAGGGGUUAUAUUAUGGGCGCAAGUUUGGAUUUUGUUCUGAGUUGGCUUUGUGGAUUCAGCUCUUCUGGGGUUGUGUUUAACGACGUUUUUGUACGGUGAAUCUGCAGUAGGAGAUGGUAGAAGAUUGCUUUUCUGGACAUGGAAGAAGAUUGUAUUUUAGAAUUUGUGAAAAUGGUGAUUCAGAAUUUCGUAUUUCCUUGAUUGGAGGUUUGGGUGCUUGUAUCUUGUGCUCUCCGAGUAGUUGAUUUUCUGUGCUGGGAGAUGCUCUUUACAUUGGUUUUCUCCGAUAAAGAGCAGGUGAUGGUUCUUUAUUGUCCCGUAAGGGGAGGCAGAGAAUUGGAUUGCAGUGGACAUUCUUCGUUCCUCAAGAAGCCAUUUGGAUUGACUUAGCUUGAUGUAUUCUGUACCUCAGAUGCUAUCUUGUUAUUCAAUUUUUCUGUCUGGGAUGAGAUAACCUUGUUCACUGUCUGGAUACAGUUGAUUUGUUUUUUCUGGUAUUUUCCCUAUUGGGCACCGGUCAAGCUAGUGCACUGACCCCUUGCAGUAGAUUUAAUAGGUUGAGUUCAUUUAGUUUUGAUUUGCGUGGAAUCUACACACAUCUGCUCAAUCCCCGGUUCCAUUUCUGGCAAGAGAAGAAUUUGGGAAAUUUUGGGGCUGAGAAUAUCAUGGGGCGUUAUUGAACCUGGAAAUGAUUGCGGGGACAUGGUGCAUGGACAGGAGCGCUGUUGCUGGUCCGUUCCCUUCUUGGAACAACAGUACUGGAAACUAAGUCACGCUUUUGUGUUGGUAGAAGGAACCCAAGUUGCUAAUUCUGGGCUUCCGUGCAAUGUCUCGCUGCUUUCCAUUUCCACCACCAGGAUAUGGAAAGAAGGCUAGGACUGAUGAUGCCGACAUACUAACAAAGGAAAAACUCAAGGAGAAGAAGCAUAAAAAGGAGAAAAAGGACAAAGAAAAGAAAGAAGGAAAGGAGAAGAAGAACAAGGAGAAAAGCAAAGAUAAGCAUAGGGAGAAGAAAGAUCGAAAGGAGAAGCACAAAGAUAAGAAGGACAAGGAAAAGGAUAAAGAUAAACACAAGACCUUCGGUGACAAGAGAAAUGAAGGGCGACCUGAGGGGCAUAAUGCAGAGACACUUGGUCAGAACAUUCAGUGUGCUGAGGAGAUCAAAGAUUCUAAAUUUGUGCAGGAGUUGGGCAGGAGGAUCAGAUAUGAAGACAAGGGGACAGGAAACCAAAUGGUUGAGAACUUCACAGGUACAGAUCAUAGGAAAGCUGAGUUUAUGUGCAGAUUGGUUGAGAAGGGUAUGGAAAAUAGCGUUCAAGGGAAAGAAAAUAAUAAGGACAAGAAAAGUGAUGAUAGAAGGGCAGAUGGGCAAAGAAACAAAGAUGAGGAAAAAGGCAUGGGAAAUGCAAUGCUUCAGAGCUCCACCAAAAUGGACCAAAGAACAGCUGAAAAAACGGCUCGACCAAUGGAGAAGGAUACUGAGAAGAGGAUGGAAGGGAAAGAAAAAAAUAAAGACAAGGAAAAUAGACGGAAGGAUAAACACAAGGAGAAAGAUCGAGAGAAGAAAGGCAAAGGAAAGGAUAAAAACAGGGAUAAAGAAAAGGAGAAAGUGAAGGAGAAAAGCGAGCUUCGAGAGCAGGACAAGUACAGGGAGAGUAGCAAGAAAGACCCUGUAGAUACUCCAAAUGUCAAAACCUUUCACCUUCCCAAGGACAAUGAAAAGAGUGCUGCUACGGAUGGAAACCUCAAGAAAAGAAAACGCUUCGAGAUGAAUGGAUUUUUACAUGACAAUGAAAUUCGGCCUAAUAAGUUGCCAAGACCCAGCUCUUCCUCUCACCCAUUCCCAGAGAAUGGAAGGAAAUUAGAAACAUGCCAGACUGCUAUCCAGUUUACUUCAGAUAGGCAGGGGGCAGCCAAUAACCAUAAGGUGGAUGAUAAGGAACACAAGGUUAAUGGUAUAAUACAAGAUCAACCUAGUUCUGCUUUCUCAGCAAAGCUUUCUUUCACCACAGUAAAAGCUAAUGGGAAUGGUGAAGCAUCUACAAAACCGUCACAUCCUGAUUUCAAGUAUCUAAGCCAGAUACUGACAGUACCUAAAAUGGAGGAAUGGUCUGAUUUUGAUGACCAAGAAUGGCUAUUCAGCAGUGAUAACCUCCGACUGGAGAAGCCCAAGCAGCAAUCCUCAGGGGUUGACGAGAUAACGCAGGUGUGGGCUGAAGCUUUGCGGAUAGAGUCAGCUGAUGUUUGUGCACUGCCAUAUGUCAUUCCAUACUGAUUGAUAUUCAGUGGAGUUGGUGUUCUCGCCAUUUCCAUCUCAACACUGCAGGGGCCCGGAAAGACCCUUUUUGAAGGUAUGGCAGCUUCUGGGUCUUGAGGUUGUCAGUUUCUCAUACUGCAUUAUCCUGUUGUUAGACUCCCUGUUCUUUCAGGUAUAAAUUUUGCCGAAAUCUGUUGCAGUAAUUUAUGCUUGUGCCUUCACCUUGCCCUGAAAUUGUUUUAUAUGGAAUCAAAUGUGUCAGAUUACCCAUCAUUGCUUGCUCCAUACGUUGGUGCAUCUUUACAGGACUUGGGAUUAGAGAGGGUUUUUGGCUUCUCUUUCUGUAAGUAGUAAUCAAUGAGAGCCAUCAUAGAUGUAUCAGGAGAGACAUGCCAUAUACUCCAAAUCAUAUGUCAAGCCAAAUAGAAAGGAAGGGAAAUGUGGUUUGGAAAGAUGGCUUAACUUGUGCAAUUAUUUUCCAUUUGUUUCUUGAAGCUUAAAGGCUCAUCUAAUUGAGAGAAGCGUGGAGUGGUCUUUGCUACACCACCGCACAAUUUUGAUUUGUAACAUAUAAGUCUUAUUUACAAGAAAUGUACAAUAGAGGGAAAAGAGAAAGCAAGAGGUAUUCCUAUUCAUUUAUUUCAGCUUGCAUAAUGUCUUAA